GCCUUGUCACGUGGCAGGGUGUGCUGGGGCCUACGGCCACAAAAUGGAGUUAUCGUGCUGCGCUGCUAUGCAGAGUGUACCACAAACAGGAUCCUAUUGUCAUUUGGAAAAUGCUUUGUCUCUCACAUAACUGAGUGACGUGGUAAAUGAAUUUCAGUGCUCGUAUGAUUCCAGGAACGUAGGCCGUAUGUUCCAAAGACAAGUGGAUUAUAUCAAACAUCCCAUUCCUUUGGUAGUUCCCAACAAGCAAGGUCCUGACCAUACCAACCUGCCUGCACUAGCGUAACAUAAAAUACAGUGCCCAGCUUUAGAGAUAGUUUCACGACUGGAUAACAUUUGCUAGGUAAUUCUGAGUGUGCAAAGAAUUACACUGACAAUUUCUGUCAGGCCUGCAGUGUGGCACACUAUUGAAAAUACAGACAUGAAUAAACAGGAACAAAACCAAAGUUGCUGGAAAAGCUCAGCAGGUCUGGCUGCAUCUGUGAAGGAAACAACAGAGUUAACGUUUUGGGUCUGGCGACCCUUCCUCAGAAUAAACAGCCCCUACUACAGGCUGCCAGUAUUCCGGAACUUUCUGGACUCGGGCAUAUCUGAGGUACGCUCUGAGAAGGACAGAUUUAUGAUUAACCUGAAUGUCAAACACUUCUUACCUGAGGAACUGACUGUGAAACUUGUUGAUGACUUUGUGGAGAUUCAUGGCAAGCACACAGAGCGUCAGGAAGACCAAGGUCGUGUUUCCCGUGAAUUUCGCCGCAUAUACCAUCUUCCCAGUAACCUGGACCAGGCGGCUAUUUCCUGCUCAUUGUCUACUGAUGGUUUAUUAACAUUGUGCUGCCCCAAGGUCAGAACAGGUGAUGAUCUAACCCAGCAAGAUCGACCCAUCCCAGUGACCCGAGAUGAGAAGUUUGGUAACCAACCUGAGCUCAAAGCAGAUCCAUGAGCUUGAGAGAGAGAGAGGUGCUCCCUUUGGCACCAAGAGCUGAGUUAAAACCUGCGGUGCUGUGAGGGUGAAGAUACCUAUGAAACUGUCAGCUAUCACACUAGAUACAAACAUCCAUGUCACCUUUUUCAGACCUGUCUGCACCUUCCUUUUGUGUAGUUUCUUUCAUUGUACUGGCAGUAGGCACAAAGCUGACAAUAAACCAUCAAAGCUUUCA